AUGUCACACAGUAUUCCAGGCUUCAUUUCUUCAAUCACCACUACCGAGACUACCUCACACCUUCCUCCCAGUACUCCCGGCUUCUCUUCUUCGAUUGCCACCUCCAAGACCACCUCAACCAGUCCUCCCAGAUUCACCUUUGCAAUCGCCACCACAAAGACCACCUCACACAGUCCUCCCAGCUUCACUUCUCCAAUCGCUACCACCGAAACCCCCUCACACAGUCCUCCCAGCUUCACUUCUUGGAUCACCACCACAGAGACCACCUCACACAGUACUCCCAGCUUCACUUCUUCGAUUGCCACCACUGAGAACACCUCACACAGUACCCCCAGCUUCACUUCAUCGAUCACCAGCACCGAGACCGCAUCACACAGUACUCCCAGCUUCACUUCCUUGUUCACCACCAUCGAGACCACAUCCCAUAGUACUCCCAACUUGACUUUUUCGAUCACUACAACCAGGACCACCUCACACAGUACUCCCAGCUUCACUUCCUUAAUCACCAUCACUGAGUCCACAUCCCAUGGUAGUACCAGCUUCACUUCUUCAAUCACCACCACUGACAACACCUCACACAGUAUGCCCAACUUCACUUCUUCCAUUGCCACCACUGAGAUCAUCUCACACAGUACUCCCAGCUUCCCUUCUUCAAUCACAAACACUGAGACCAUAUCACACAGGACUCCCAGGUUCACUUCUGUGAUUGCCAGCACCAAGACCACCUCACACAGCACUCCCAGUUUGACUUCUCCGAUCACCACCACCGGGACCAGCUCACACAGUACCCUUGGCUUAAGUUCUUCAACUGCCACCACUGAGACAACCUCACAAAGUACUGCCAGCUUCACUUCUUCGAUUGCCACCACCGAGACCACGUCACACAAUACUCCCAGCUUCACUUCUUUGAUCGCCACCACCGAGAUCACCUCACACAGUUCUCCCAGCUUCCCUUCUUCAAUCACGAACACUGAGACCACAUCACACAGGACUCCCAGGUUGACUUCUGCAAUCACCACCACUGAGACCAUGUCACACAGUAUUCCAGGCUUCAUUUCUUCAAUCACCACCACCGAGACUACCUCACACCUUCCUCCCAGGUUCACUUCUUUGAUCACCACCACCGAGACCACCUCACACAGUCCUUCCAGCUUCACUUCUUUGAUCACCAGCACUGAGACCACCUCACACAGACCUCCCAGCUUUACUUCUUCAAGCACCACCACUGAGACCCCUUCACAGAACCACCUCACACAGUCCUCCCAGCUUCACUUCUUCAAUCGAUACCACCGAAACCCCCUCACACAGUCCUCCCAGCUUCACUUCUUGGAUCACCACCACAGAGACCACCUCACACAGUACUCCCAGCUUCACUUCUUCGAUUGCCACCACUGA